UCUCACUCCCCAAUAUGGCGGACGUGCUGACGUAGGACGUCUGCAUAGAAAUGGCGCAAAUCAGUCGCCUGCUCAUUCCUUUAAUAUCUAAGUUCACACCUGAGCUGGACAGGUAGGAGCCGCAGAGCGGGCGCAGACUUGUUCAGAGAUCCGGGGAAAGCGCUGCGACUCCGGGGAGAGGAUCCGAGGCGGAGCUAAAUGGCGGCGGCUGUUUCAGCGGUACGGACCGGCUCUAAGCUAAUGCUAACAGGCCUGGAAGUUGCUAACAGCCUCUGUUCAAACUACGAGAAAGGACCCCCCUCCUUAUGAUGAGAGGCCCAAUCAGUCUGAUCGAUUACGUCACGGAGUGCCGGCUCUCAUCAUGGAGAACGGACAGACCACCCCCACAGCUACAACCACCACCAAGCUGGGCCUUCCACCACUCACGCCCAACCAGCAGGACGCACUGCAGAAGGCAAAGAAGUAUGCAAUGGAGCAGAGCAUCAAGAGUGUGCUGGUGAAACAGACUCUGGUGCAGCAACAACAACUCGCCAGUCUGCAGAUGGCACCUUUGGCGAUGGGUUUAGGAGACGCUCUCUCUCCUCUGCAGUCGGUUGCAGCUCAGAGGCAAAGAGCUCUGGCCAUUAUGUGUCGAGUUUACGUUGGCUCCAUCUACUACGAGCUGGGCGAGGACACCAUCAGACAGGCCUUCAUCCCCUUUGGACCAAUCAAAAGUAUCGACAUGUCCUGGGACUCUGUCACCAUGAAGCACAAGGGGUUUGCCUUUGUAGAGUACGAAGUCCCCGAGGCAGCUCAGCUGGCCCUGGAACAGAUGAACUCUGUCAUCCUUGGAGGAAGGAACAUCAAGGUUGGGAGGCCCAGUAACAUUGGCCAGGCUCAACCAAUCAUUGAGCAACUGGCAGAAGAAGCGCGUGCCUUCAACAGGAUCUACGUGGCCUCAGUGCAUGCAGACCUGUCUGACGAGGACAUCAAGAGUGUCUUUGAGGCUUUUGGAAGGAUCAAGUCAUGUAUGUUGUCCCGUGAGCCGACCACCGGACGCCACAAAGGUUACGGCUUCAUCGAGUACGAUAAACCUCAGUCAGCUCAAGACGCCGUGGCUUCCAUGAACCUGUUUGAUCUUGGGGGUCAGUACCUGCGGGUGGGGAAAGCUGUGACACCACCUGUCCCCCUCCUCACACCAAUGACCCCAGGAGGACUUCCUGCCGCCGCGGCUGUGGCAGCUGCUGCUGCUAGUGCAAAGAUCACUACUCAGGAGGCAGUUGGAGCAUCUGUACUUGGAGCUCUUGCAGGACCGGCACUCCUCUCUCAGCAGUUUGGACUUCCUCAGGCCGUCAUGGCCGCCCAGGCCCCAGGUGUCAUAACAGGUGUUACCCCCAUUCGUCCAAGUCUACCCCAUGUGGGGCUGGUGAACCCAGUUCUGGCAACUCCCCCAUAUGCAAAGACAUCAGUCAGUUCUGAGCAGAAAAAGACAGAGGAGGAGCGUGAGGAGGAGGUGCAGCAAGAUGAAGCCAUGGAGCCCCUGAGUGAGCAGGAGCAUGUGAGCAUUAGUGGCAACAGCGCCCGACACAUGGUGAUGAGGAAACUGCUGCGGAAGCAGGAGUCCAUUGUCAUGGUUCUGAGGAACAUGGUCGGGCCAGAAGAUAUCGACGAUGACUUGGAGGGGGAGGUGAUGGAGGAGUGUGGAAAGUUUGGGCAGGUGAAGCGAGUCAUCAUCUACCAGGAGCGCCAGGGUGAGGAGGAGGAUGCUGAAAUCGUGGUGAAGAUCUUUGUUGAAUUCUCUGAGGUGGCAGAGAUGAACCGAGCCAUCCAGGCACUCAACAACCGCUGGUUCGGAGGACGCAAGGUGGUGGCGGAGGUCUACGAUCAGGAGCGCUUCGACAGCAGUGACCUGUCAGCGUAGAGCCACCAUGAACUUUCACCUUAACGUAGUGGCCUCUUUCUAACUGGGUUGGUUUUUAUUGGUCUUGUUUCCAUGGAAACACCUUCUUCAGGUUGUCUUUCACGUUUUACCAUCACUUCUGCCCUGCUCAUCAUUCUUCUCACAGCACUGGCCCCUGACACCUCCUGAACCGUCACAUGACUUUCUGCUGAACUCACCAGGUCCACCCAGAAGCUGGGUCCAAACAGAACAUGGUGGUUUCAUGUCACAGCUGAUCCAGAUGGGACGUCCUCCUGGAGCCCAGGACCAGGUCUGGAGCUAAUUCAGGUCUGACUUGUGUAAAAUGGUGAGCAGGAUGCAGAAGGUUUGAGCGGGUCCACCCUAACCACAGGAACGUUCCUAACCACUCGGCAGUCAAGCAGGAUUUCUUUCUGGCAGCAAAUUCAAAGCAGAACCCAAACCAGAACUAGAACUAAGUGGAUCAUCAGGACAGGUGCAUUCUGGUGCGGCUUGGCUGUUUCAGGUGAAAUGUAAAUAAAGAUUUUUCAGCUGUUUUUACUCAUGGGAUGCUGCUGCAGAUUGUUUUGAAACAUUUUCUAAUAAAAUGACCCAAGGACCCGCUGA